GGACGAGUUCUUUUGGAAUCCGCAGCUUGGGUGCUGGCUUCUUCUGGAAAGUUUAAUACGAGUAAAAUUUUGCCUUUUUUGCGGCUUUCAUUCUUUGCUUUAUCACCGCAAAUAAUAUUGACUUGUAGCAGCAAGAUGGGUGUCCAAUAGAGUGGGAUAAUCUAGUAACUGAAGCGGUUCAGAGAGGUGUAUAUGCGUGUGGAAAUUGCAAGAUUCAAAGCCUGUUUAUAGUGGGCUUCGUCGACUCGAAGCAAAGUGUCAUUGUUUAAUAUAAAUUGUGCUAUAAUCGGGCUCUAUAUAGCAACAAAAAACGAUAGUUAAGGGUCCAAAACGACGGGAAUAUUUUCUUUGAAAGACGACACGGCAACUACAGAGACGUUUUCUCGAAAAUUGUGUACAGCUGUUGGCAAAAAAGCGAAGUAUAAUUCAUAAAAAUAUGUCGGCUGCUGUAGCUAAACCCAGAGUAUAUGCUGAUGUGAAUAAUCAUCGUCCUAGAGAUUAUUGGGAUUAUGAAACUCAUGUAAUUGAAUGGGGUCAACAAGAUAACUAUGAACUUGUAAGAAAAUUGGGAAGAGGGAAAUAUAGUGAAGUAUUUGAGGCGAUAAACAUAACUAACGAUGAAAAAGUUGUUGUCAAAAUUCUAAAGCCUGUUAAGAAGAAGAAAAUUAAACGAGAAAUCAAGAUUUUAGAGAAUCUUCGGGGUGGUCCAAACAUUAUAAAUCUUCUAGAUGUUGUCAAAGACCCAGUGUCACGAACGCCAGCGUUAAUUUUUGAAUAUGUAAAUAAUACGGAUUUCAAGCAACUCUACCAGACCUUCACCGACUAUGAUAUUAGAUUUUAUUUAUAUGAACUUUUAAAGGCCCUGGAUUUCUGUCAUAGCAUGGGAAUAAUGCAUCGGGAUGUGAAACCUCAUAAUGUUAUGAUCGAUCAUGAGAAGAAAAAGCUCCGACUUAUCGAUUGGGGUUUGGCAGAGUUUUAUCAUCAAAAUCAAGAAUAUAAUGUUCGGGUCGCUUCAAGAUAUUUCAAAGGACCUGAGCUCCUUGUUGAUCACCAGGAAUACGACUAUUCCCUGGAUAUGUGGAGUUUCGGGUGUAUGUUAGCAAGCAUGAUGUUUCGAAAGGAGCCUUUCUUCCAUGGACAUGACAACUAUGACCAGCUUGUGAGAAUUGCCAAAGUACUUGGCACAGAAGAGUUGUACGAUUAUAUUGAGAAAUACCACAUCGAACUUGACCCACGAUUCAAUGAUAUAUUGGGAAGACAUUCCCGAAAACGAUGGGAACGGUUCAUUCAUUCUGAGAAUGAACAUCUUGUCAGCCCUGAAGCGAUUGAUCUACUUGAUCAUCUAUUACACUAUGAUAUGCAGGAACGUUUGACAGCCAGAGAGGCCAUGGAACAUCCCUACUUCUACCCCAUUGUAAAGAAUGAACAGUUGAAAAGCUCUCAAUCCCCUACCUCUAGUGCGCUCAGCAACACAAAACCUGGUACAUCUGACUCACCUGCUACAGCCAACACAUCAUCUACACCACCAGUUGGUCCACCUCCUGCCACAUAACAAGGUCAUUAGGGUGGGUUUCGCUGUGUGAGAAAGUUCAACAUCUAAUGGUUAACAUGUAAAAUAGUUGUAUUCAAAUUUUGUGCAUCAUGGAAUGAAAAUACUUCAUGGAAUAACAACAAUUGGCCAUCAUAUGUAAACUGCAAUCACUUAGUGUGAUAAUUUAAAAUGGCAACGUCGAAAAUCUAACAGAAUCAAGCCAUUUUAUUGCUUGAUUGUGUUAAAUUCACCAUUAUAUGUUCCUUGUUAAUUUCUGUUGUUAGUUUUGUUCUCAGUAUUUGUUGUUAGUUUUGAGAUUGUUUAUACCUUUACUGAGAGCGUACAAUCCUCUCUCUGAUAAAUAAAUAGUUUUGUUAAUGUGUUCCCAGAUUUGUAAAUGUGAAAAUUGUGAUUGCCUGACCACCAUUCUGGCCUUUGCCUUUGGACGUAUGGUACAGACGAUUUUACACACAUGAAUCGGGGCAUAAACGUAAAACAACUCGUGCGAUAUGUAAAAUGUAUUGCUGAUAUUCAAGGAUAUUUAUGUUGCAUAAAAAUAGUUUGUUUGAAAAUGUGAAUGCUCUGAAACAAUACAUUUUGAAAAUACAACUUUGUU